ACAAAUUAUCUAUAAAGUCUUGCUUGUCAACUCUAUAUAACAUUUAUCUAGUCCACUUCUUUCUGUUGUUCGCCUACACAACUACCGUGCUCUACCAACAAUACAACCUAUCCAAUCUCUCUUCGUUCAAACCUCGACAACGAUCCGAUUGAGCCUCGCAUUCUUACUACAGUAACGAUGCAUUUUCCAACCUGCCUUGUCACCCUCAUAGGCCUUAUCGGCAUUGUUGCCGCAGCUCCCGCUGCUGCAAUUGACAAACGGAACCCAGUCAGUCUCCAGAAGAGAGUGUUUGGUUGCGACCCUGCGCUCUGUGCAUGCGAAGCAGGAUGUGGGGGAAAUGCCGCGUGUAUAACAGGUUGCAAAAAUGGACAUUGCUCCAAUGCCUUUACUUCUACGCCUCCACUGAACUGUUAAUGAACUGUUCUAUUCCGUGAGAUGUGUGGACAAGGGCAAACUGGGAGGGGGGAGGGGGUAAAGAGAAGUGGUUUACAAGGGGGAAGCGUAAACGGACUGCUACCUAGUGCACACUACCGGUAGGCAGGAUAGGUCGAAUGUCAUUAAAUCUGUUGCAAACAACUAAUUUAUUUUCUUAACAACGUAGCUUAAGUUAUAG